GGUGGAUUGCGUCGCCCUUUUCCAACGGAAAAAAUACUUAUACACCCGCCCGUAGAUGUUCGUUCCCACCUCUUUCUCAACUCUUGACUCCUCUCCGUUCUCCUACACCUAGUGGUGGCCGGCCUUUUGUAAUCACGGGAACUGGACCCCUUUCCCACCUUCCAUCCAAUAUAGAUUGCCGCCACGAGGUAUAUCCCCCGGCCGACCAGAACGAACAAGUAUAAGCUCCAAACCGGUUCUCGAGUUGCUAUUAUCUGUGCUCGAAGUCCCUCGGCGCCCCUGACGCCUCCAGCACCACCGACUUUUCAAGGCUCCGUCACGCAAAAUAAUUCAUCGACCAUGAAGCCCCGAAGGAGUCGUGGCAUGGCCACACGGGAAUUGCCCCCAUAUCCCUCGAGACAGUUGCUGAUUCUCUCUCUUUGCCGGAUAUGCGAACCCAUCGCUUUCAUGUCCAUCUUCCCAUACAUCUAUCACAUGGUAAAGGACUUCAACUUCACCGAUGAUGAGAGCCAGAUAUCCUUCUAUGCCGGCAUGGUAACCUCGGCGUUUACUUUUGCCGAGUUCUCGACCAGCGUCUUCUGGGGAAGACUCAGUGACAAAGUCGGUCGGAAACCCGUGCUCCUCAUGGGAAUGGCCGGGACUGGCUUGAGCGUUCUUAUCUUCGGCUUUGCACCGAACCUCCAGGUCGCACUGCUUGCGCGCGCACUCGGCGGGUUUCUGAACGGGUAUGCUCUACCGGUAGAUGCAGGAACUCUGGGCCAGGCUGACGGCAGAAGCAACAUCGCUGUGCUCCAGACAACCGUGGGCGAGCUCGUCACGGUCAAGGAACAUCAACCUCGGGCGUACGCGGUCAUGCCGCUGGUCUGGUGCAUCGGCUCGAUCGUGGGACCCAUGAUUGGAGGUGCACUUGCCAAGCCGGUUGAAAGCCUACCCUCUGUCUUCGCGCCAGGCAGUAUCUGGGAUCGGUUUCCUUAUCUUUUGCCGAAUCUGUUCAGUGCCAUCUGUGUCUCGGUCGGAGUCGUCAUUGGCGUCCUGUUUCUGGAGGAGACGCACGCGGAGAAGAAGCUGUGUCGCGAUCGUGGGCGGGAGCUCGGCAACUAUCUGCUCUCGCUGCUGCCAGGACGAAGCGAUAAGUCCAAAGGCAAACUGCCAGCCAGUGACGGCGAGGGGCAACCGCUCCUGAUGGAAACGGAGUCCCUUCCCGGAUAUCUCACCGGAAAGGUCUCCGCUGGCCCAUCGUCGGCAUCAGGUAGUUCGCAGGAAGAACUGACCGACGCCGAGGAAGCGAAACCGGUGACAGGGAUCUUUACCAAGCCGGUUCUCACCAUCAUUGCCUCUUAUGGCAUCCUGGCGUUCCAUACCAUGGUUUUCGACUCGUUGCUCCCAGUCUUCCUCAGCACGAACCCGCCCGAACAUCGGAUGCCCACCUCUCUGCCCUUCAAGUUCGCAGACGGCUUCGGCUUGGACGCGCGAACGAUUGGCGUCAUACUGUCCGUCCAGGGGAUCUAUUCAAUGUUGUCGACGCAUUUUAUGUUUCCCUUGAUUACCGAAAGGCUGGGCCCGCUUCGACUUUUCAAGCUCAUGUCCGUGCUGUACCCGCUACUCUAUUUCUCAACGCCGUACAUCGUCCUCCUCCCGGAGAGCCUCCGCAUGGCCAGUGUUUAUAUCCUGGUGGUGUGGAAGUGCACGUUCUCGACACUAGCGUACCCAAGCAACGCCAUCCUCAUCACCAACUCAGCCCCGACAACGCUGACUCUGGGCACCAUCAACGGCGCGGCUGCAUCGACGGCCAGCUUAUGUCGCGCGCUAGGGCCCAUCGUGUCCGGGCUCCUGUACAGCUUGGGAUUGGAAAGCGGCUACUCGAUCCUGUCUUGGUGGACCACAGGCUUGGUAACAAUCGCGGGGGCUUACAUCGGUUUGAGCAUCACGGAACCUCGGGGAAGGAUGGACGAGAAAGAAGACGUUGAGGCCGCACCCGAAUCGCAGAGCUCCUGGGCUGGCGUAAGGAUGGAUGAGAGGCAGACAGACGGCGAAAGAACGUGCCUGCAACGGACCUAACGUGUCAAUCUCCCUCUUCUUGCCUAGCUCAGGGAGAUCCAGGGAUCAUCUGGCCGGAUUUCUCCGGGCGCAAUCCUGCGCCCUUGAUGUCGCCCACAGCGUCUUUCUAAUCUCUAAUCUCUCUCUCUCUCUCUCUUUUUUUCUACGGAGUUACGGACGUUCUCGAUUUUAACGAAUCAUGAUUCAU